AUGAACCGCAGGAAGAAGGGAGGCAACAACAACAGCCUCAAACCCCCUGCCCAGGCCAAGCCUCCUGCGCCCUCUGUAACAACCUCCACGAUGACCCCCGCAACAGUCCCUGCGAUGCCCAUGAGAGUCUCCCCACCUCUCAAGGCGACGACUGCGCCUCCUCAGAAUGUCCCCCCGCCGAAGCCCGCUCACGCCGCACAGAAGGUGGCGCAACAGCCGCCCAAACUUUCUGCGUCCCCUCCGAAACUGCCCGUGCCCACCAUGCCUCCUACGAGGACGGCGAUCCCAGCCCCCAGACCAGGGCCCUCACAGAAGCGUGUGCUCACGCGUUCCGAUAGGGUGCGUGUGGUCUGGAUGCAGUUCGACGAGACGUGGGUCGCGCCCCAGCAAGCCACGGUGGCGCAGCAGCUCGAGCAGCUGCUCGCUGUCGCCGAGAAGAACAGCCGCGUCAAAGGCAAGGCGCUCGAGCAGAGCAAAGACCAGAUCGUCAACUCCAUGCGGCGCGAGUUCGCGAUGGCUGCGCGCGCUGAGUGGGAGCGACGACUGGAGAAGGAGGGCCUCCAGGCGGAGGACUGGGCAGAUAUGACCCCGGAAGAGAUGGCUGCCGUCGAGCAGGUUCUGUCGUGCGACGAUGUCGGUGACGGGCCUGCUGUGUCGACGAUCCCUUCACCACACGAACGAGCAGUCCCGAUUGUCGCGGCGAGGACGCAUGUGGACGUCCCUCACCCGAUAGCGUCGCAUCCCAUGACUAGUCGCACGACGCAGACCCCUCCGCCAGCUGCGUCUCAGAAGGCGACACAAGCUCAGCCGCCCCCUUCCGCACAGAAGGGCAGCCAGGGCCAGCCUGCGUGGUCGGCAUGGGCAGCAGGUCCCCGACAUACCUCUGUUACAGAAGUGCCCGAGGAGCCACCGAAGACUACUUCUGCCUGGAGCGCACGACCCAAUGCACCGAUCAUCGAGGACGUCCGCGUGUCACCUAAGCCGGUCCCUGCUCCACAGCCGCCUCAGGCUUCUCAACCCGCACCUCGUCCUGCGCAGCCAGCUGUCCAGGCUGAACCUACUGUGACUUCUGCCGCCCCUGCACACGGCCUGCUCGCCUACCCCGUUCCUAUCUCCCUUGCGAUGGUGCCGCUCGAUAGCGCAGCGACUUCCGAUGCCAAGUUCGUACAGCUCGUGGACAACGCCUACGUCAACUCGAUCAAGGACUUCCACGACAAGGCUGCCACCGUCGACGCUGAGCUGGCGCGCGAGCUCCGCAAGCCCAUGUCCCCCGCGGAGCGCGAGUGGACUAUCCGCGCGCACAUGAUGACGAUGGAGCAGAUUGCGCGGACGAUCGUCGAGAAUCGGGACACCAUCAUUGAGAAGGAACGGCGCAAGCGGGGAUACGGCGGCGAUGGUGGCGCGCCGCCGCAGCCACCGCCUUCUGCUCCGAAGUCGCAGACGAUAUUAUCUCAGCCUCCUGGCGCGUUCCCUGAUGACGGCAUCCACGUCUCUCCCGUCCCUGAGCCCGAGGAGGAGGCCGAGAUCGAGCGCGAGCCUGAGCCGGAUGUUGAUGAAGUCAUUGAGAUCCCGCUCAAGGGCAAGGCGGCCAAGAAGAAGGGCAAGAAGGCUGCGACUAAUGGCCGGUCCACCCCGACACCAUCAGCGCCUCCCUCUGCAAAGCCUGCUGCCUCUGCCAUGAAGUCUGCGCCCGUCGUUGAGAAGCCCGUGCCUGUCGUUGAGAAGAAGCCCGUUGCAUCUGGAUGGGGCGCGAAGGUCACGGCCCCGCUUCGUUCUGCAUCCCCUGCUCCGCCUGUAGUACCUCCUGCAACCCUCGCUCCCAUCAACACGAGACUCGCUCCUACUCCUUCUCCUAACGGUCGUGGCACCCCCGUCCCUCCCGGCAUGUCUCCCUGGGAAGUUGCGAAGGCCAAAGCUGCAGGCACGCUGAAGCCCGUUGAGCCUCAGGCAAAACCUCCGUCUACUCCGAACGGGAUGUGGGCCCCUCCUGUCGCUCGUGCGCCCAGCAACAAAAAUCAAUACGCGCCGACACGUCCCUCCCGCCUUGCGCAUGUCACGGAGCCCGAGUCGCCAGAACCGCCAUCGCCCCCUCCGAUGGUUGAGCCCACAGGCAAAGACUACGUUGCGUGGUUCGCCGGCUCGUCGUCCGAGGAUGAGGCGGGUCUCAGCGAAGACGAGGCCGACGAUGACGACGACGAUCACGACAGCGGCGCGCAGGCAGGCCCAGGCGGAUUCGGCGGCAUCCUCGGGGCCCUCGCCGGUGCGUCGCCUUGGGCUCUCUUCGGCUCGGAGAGUGCCCCGCCGCAAAAGGAGCGCGGCCGUUCUGCCCACCCUGACCGCGGGCGCGCCGCCGCUGCCACCCCUACCCCGGCCAUGGCCGCCGCGGGGCGAUCCGGCGGGGACUUAGGCAUGGGCAUGGGUGCCGGUAUGAGCGGUGGUUGGGCGCAGUGGGGCGCGGACCCAAGGGCGGGAUCUGGAGGCUAUGGCGCUGGACCGUCUGGCUUUGGUGCUGGGUCUGCUGGCUUCGAUGCUGGCUUCAGCGGGCCUGCUGGUCUUGACUCUGGUUUUGGGGGGUCUGCUAGGGGCACGGCCGGACGUCAGUGGCAGAGGAAAGAGGAAGACAGUCUCGAGGACAUGCUCGAGCUCGCGUCCAGGUCUUUGGACCACGCCACUGGCGGGCAAGGCAAGGGCCUCGAGGAGGCGAUGGCGAUGUUCGUCACGGCACAGAAGGCGCGCGAGACGCUUGCUACGCCCGUUGGCGGGCGCAGCGCGAACCCGUGGGGCCGGCGAUGAGUCCAUCGUCACCAACACACAAAAACGAAACCAAAAGUAAACGCGGCUGGAGGAGUGUGGCUGCGAUGGGGGGGGGGAGAACGUCACGACCCGUUACGAAGGCUGCUGAGCGGCGACGAUCUCGUGGUUUCCCAGUGUUAUUCGUUGCUUUUCGGCUGCUGUUGGGCUAUGAUAGAUGCGCUUGCUGGUGUAUAUCUUGCUGCCUCUGCUUGCUUUCUUUUUUAUUGCUCGACUCACAGAUGUAUCUCUGUUCCUCCGUCUCUCGAUCUCCGUCUAGUCUCGUACAUUAUUCCCUUUUCAUCUGUCUCUCUUGUCUAUCCGUUGUCGCUGGGCCUCCUUCAUCGACCUUUCUACCACGUUCCUAUACCCCUAACGUUAUGUAUUUAUAAUGCUUUCCUAGAUGUCGCUACAUUACUUGUACACUGCUGGCAUACCUGGAGGACUCUCCUGUUUCGUUUUGCUGUCUGCUUUCAGUCAUUCCGUGACGACCACGCUAUAAAAUGUAUAUAGCUACGAUUAUUUCUAUGCUGCCUUUCAUUGUAUCCC